AUGGCUAAACCAGUGGAUACUCCCCUCGAAGAUGGGAAUUCCGAUCUUCAACGACAGAAAAGAAUGUUAAGUAUGUUCUUUUCCAAGAACAUUCCUCAUUUACCUACCGAUGAAGAAAGAAAAGUUUAUCCUGAACGUUCAUCAAAUUACCUUUCAAGAAUGUUCUUUUGGUGGUUAAGUCCCGUCAUGCAUACUGGUUAUAAAAGAACUUUAGAACCAGAAGAUUUAUUCAAAUUAAGUGAAGAUAUCAAAGUGGAAAAUAUGGCUCUUCGAUUCAAAUCAAUUGUUUAUCAAGAUAUUGAAAAAGCAAGAAAAAAUCAUAUUAUUGAAAAAUGUAAAGCAAGAGGUGAAACUUUUGAAACUACUCCGGUUGAUAGAAAAGUAGAUUUAGAAGAUUUCAAAAUGCCAAAACUUUUAACAGUUUGGGCUUUAUUAAAAACGUUUAAAUAUCAAUAUUUUGGUGCUUGUGUAUUCUUAACUAUUAAUAACGUCGGUCAAACUACAAAUCCUCUUUUAACAAAACGUUUAAUUCAAUUCGUUACUGAUCGUGCUUAUGGUUUACCAGAAAAUAUCGGGGUAGGUGUGGGUUAUUCCUUUGGAGCUAGUCUUAUCGUGUUCAUUGUGGGGGUUUGUAUUAAUCAUUUCUUUUAUCGUUCAAUGAUAACUGGUGCUCAAGCCAAAGCAGUGUUAACCAAAGCAAUUCUUGAUAAAUCAUUUAUUUUAUCCGAUACUUCAAGACAUAAAUAUCCCGCUGGGAAAAUCACUUCAAUGAUGGGUACAGAUUUAGCUAGAAUUGAUUUUGCUAUUGGUUUCCAACCUUUCUUAUUCAUGUUUCCAAUCCCAUUUAUUAUUGCUAUUGCUAUUUUAAUCGUUAAUAUCGGUGUAUCAGCUUUAGUUGGUAUUGCUAUUUUAUUCAUAUUCAUGGCUGGUAUUGCCUUCUCUACCAAGAAAUUAUUCGCUUAUAGAGCUAAAGCUAAUAAAUAUACUGAUGCAAGAGUUAAUUAUAUUAAAGAAGCUUUAAAUAAUUUAAAAAUUAUUAAAUAUUAUUCUUGGGAACCUCCAUAUCAUGAAAAUAUUUCCCAAAUUAGAAAAUCUGAAAUGAGAAUCAUUUAUAGAAUGCAAGUUUUAAGAAAUAUCGUUACCCGCCAUGGCUAUGUCUUUAACUUUAUUUGCUUCCAUGAUUGCAUUUUUACUGCUAUUUUCUCAUCUAUUUCCUUAUUUAAUACUUUAACUCAACAAGUUUUCUUAGUUCCAAUGGCUUUAUCUUCUGGUUCAGAUGCUUAUUUGGCUUUACAAAGAGUUGGUGAUUUCUUAGCUAGUGAAGAAAUUAAUGUUAAUGAAAUUAAAAUUGAAGCUGAUGCCGAUAAAAUAAAUGAAAUGGAUAAUGAUAAUAUUGCCAUUGAAGUUAAAGAUGCAUCCUUUGAAUGGGAAACAUUUGGAAAUGAUGAAGAAGCUGAUGAAAUGGAAGAAGAGCAAGCUAAAGAUAAUGAAAAGGAAGCUGGUAAAAAAUCAUCAAAAGCAAUUACUCCUGAUUCUAAGCCUGAUCCAAUCUUACGUCAUAAAGAUUCAUCAACUGAAAAGGAAUUAGAUCUUUCCGAUUCAAGUUCUGAUGAUGAAGUUAUCUUUACUGGAUUAAAUGAUAUUAAUUUCACCAUUUCAAAAGGUGAAUUCAUUGUUAUUACUGGUUUAAUCGGUUCUGGUAAAUCAUCUUUAUUAAGUGCCAUUUCAGGAUUUAUGAAACGUACUCAAGGUGAAGUUAAUGUCGAUGGAUCAUUAUUAUUAUGUGGAACUCCAUGGAUUCAAAAUACUACCGUCCAAGAAAAUAUCACAUUUGGUAUGGAUUUUGAUCAAAAGAAAUAUGAUGAUGUGAUUUAUGCAUGUUCUUUAGAAAGUGAUUUAGAAAUCUUACCUGCUGGUGAUCAAACUGAAAUUGGUGAAAGAGGUAUUACUUUAUCCGGUGGUCAAAAGGCCAGAAUCAAUUUAGCAAGAGCUGUUUAUGCUAAUAGAGAUAUCAUUCUUAUGGAUGAUGUUUUAUCGGCUGUUGAUGCUAGAGUUGGUAAACAUAUUAUGAAUCAAUGUAUUCAAGAUUUAUUAAAAGAAAAAACUAGAAUCUUAGCUACCCAUCAAUUAUCAUUGAUUGGAUCUGCUGAUAAAGUUUUAUUCUUAAAUGGUGAUGGUUCAUUAGAUUUCGGUACUAUGGAUGAAUUAAAAGAAAGAAAUGAAGGAUUUAAUAAAUUAAUGGCUUAUAGUUCUGAAUCAAAAGAUGAUGAAGAUGAAGAAGAUGCUGAAAAGGAAGAAAUCAUUGAAAAUGAAGAUGUUGUCGAAUUAGAAAGAGAUAAUAUUCAACGUCAAUUAACUAGAAAAUCAACCAUUAUUGAAAAUGCUGAUGAUGAAGCUGUUCAUAAAGAUUUUAAUAAAAAUGUAGCUGAAAAUGGUAAAUUAAUGGAUCAAGAAGAAAGAGCCGUCAAUGGUAUCAGUUUUAACGUUUAUAAACAAUAUAUGAUUUUAGGUUCAGGUGCUUUCACUCCUUGGGGUUUAGUACCAAUCAUGUUAACUGCUAUGAUUUUAACUACUUUCUGUCAAUUAUUCACCAAUACUUGGUUAUCAUUCUGGACUGAAUAUAAAUUUGAGAAUUUAGACAAUGGUUUCUAUAUUGGAUUUUAUGUGAUGUUUACUGUUUUAUCAUUUGUGUUCUUAACUAUUGAAUUCAUCAUUGUGGUUUAUAUUACUAAUACUGCUUCUGUUACCUUAAAUGUUAUGGCGGUUAAAAAAGUUUUACAUGCUCCAAUGUCAUUUAUGGAUACAACUCCAAUGGGUAGAAUCUUAAAUAGAUUCACUAAGGAUACUGAUGUAUUGGAUAAUGAAAUUGGUGAUCAAUUAAGAUUCUUCUUAUUUGUGUUCUGUAAUAUUAUUGGGGUUAUUAUCCUUUGUAUUAUUUAUUUACCUUAUUUUGCUAUUGCAGUUCCAUUCUUAGGUUUUAUGUUUGUGGCUAUUUCUAAUUAUUAUCAAGCAUCCGCUAGAGAAGUCAAACGUUUAGAAGCUAUUCAAAGAUCAUUUGUUUAUAAUAAUUUCAAUGAAACUUUGAGUGGUAUGCAAACUAUUAAAGCUUAUAAAGCUGAACAAAGAUUCUCCAGUCGUAAUUCUUAUUUGAUUGAUAGAAUGAAUGAAGCUUAUUAUUUAACCAUUGCCAAUCAACGUUGGUUAGCCAUUCAUAUGGAUAUAAUUGCUUGUUGUUUUGCCUUAAUGAUUUCAUUAUUAUGUGUUAAUCGUGUGUUCCAUAUUAGUCCUGCCUCAGUUGGUUUAUUAUUAUCCUAUGUAUUCCAAAUCGCAGGACAAUUAUCUAUGCUUAUUAGAACUUUUACUCAAGUUGAAAAUGAAAUGAAUUCAGUGGAAAGAUUAAAUGAAUAUGCUUUCAAAUUACCUGAAGAAGCUCCUUAUGAAAUUCCUGAAAAGACUCCUCAUCCAUCAUGGCCAAAUGCUGGUGCAAUUCAAUUCACUGAUGUAUCCUUAACUUAUAGACCAGGAUUACCAUUAGUAUUAAAGGAUUUAACUUUUGAUAUUAAACCAAGUGAAAAAAUUGGUAUUUGUGGUAGAACUGGGGCAGGUAAAUCAUCAAUUAUGACUGCCUUGUAUAGAUUAUCUGAAUUAGAACAAGGUAAAAUUACUAUUGAUGAUAUUGAUAUUUCAGAAUUAGGUUUAAGAGAUUUAAGAUCUAAAUUAUCGAUUAUUCCUCAAGAUCCAGUCUUAUUUAAAGGUACGAUUAGAAAGAAUUUAGAUCCUUUCAAUCAAAGUCCUGAUAAUAAAUUAUGGGAUGCUUUAAGAAGAACUGGUUUAGUAGAAGCUGCUAGAUUGGAUGCUGUUAAACAACAAACUAGACCUAGUGAUGAUACUGAUUUUGAUCCUACUUCAAUUCAUAAAUUCCAUUUGGAUCAAUUAGUUGAUGAUGAAGGUACUAAUUUCUCCUUAGGUGAAAGACAAUUAAUUGCCUUUGCCAGAGCUUUAGUAAGAGAUUCAAAGAUUCUUAUUUUAGAUGAAGCUACAUCAUCAGUUGAUUAUGAAACAGAUUCUAAGAUUCAAACUACUAUUAUUAAAGAAUUUUCUCAAUGUACAAUCUUAUGUAUUGCUCAUAGAUUAAAGACCAUUCUUAAUUAUGAUAGAAUCUUAGUAUUGGAUAAGGGUGAAAUUAAAGAAUUCGAUACUCCAUGGACCUUAUUUAAUGCCAAAGGUAGUAUUUUCCAACAAAUGUGUGAAAGAUCAAGUAUUACAGAAGAUGAUUUUAAAUCUGCUACCAAGUUUUAA